CCCAGGAAAAAGCGAAAAGCCUUUGGCUUUGACAGCCGCCGCCACAAGUCUUUCCGCCUCCCCAGCCUGUAUGGGAGCUGGGAGCUGGAUUAUGGUGGCCUGAGCAGCAAACGCAGCCGCAGGAGCCCAGAGCCCACGGCCCCUUCCCAUCCCGCACAGCCCUCCAGGAGGACAAGGAAAGCUGCCGCUGUCGACCUGCCAUGCACACCCCUCCCAGCCCCCCGAGGGGCCUGAGCCACCCUCUCCUGGAUAGCUGCUGAGGCUGGACUCCACCGUCUAGAUGUAGCGGAGUCCGGAGAUCUGUCUCUCUCUUCUUUCUGUCUCUGCGGAUUUCUCCUGCCCGCUAGCCACAGCCUGGACCCGGGGGCUGGCUGAGGGACCUGCAGGCUCUGGAGUCCUGAUGCCCUAAAGCUCACUUUUUUGAGAAGCCCCCGCCACCAGCACCCAGAGUUGGGGGGAGGCAGCAGGGACCUACGUGGACCACGGAGAGCCCAGUGGGCCUGCAGGCCGGGCCACCAUGGCUCUAGUAGCCCUGUCCUGGCUCCUGCUGUGGGUGGGCUCCGGAGUGCUGCCUGCCCACUGCACUCCACACGGCAUUCGUCUGCCUCUGCGGAGUGGCCUAGGUGGGGCCCCCCUGGGGCUCCGGCUGCCCCGGGACACCGAUGAGGAACUGGAGGAUCCCAGCCGGAGAGGCAGCUUUGUGGAGAUGGUGGACAACCUAAGGGGCAAGUCAGGCCAGGGCUACUACGUGGAGAUGACGGUGGGCAGCCCCCCACAGACGCUCAACAUCCUGGUGGACACAGGCAGCAGUAACUUUGCAGUGGGGGCUGCCCCCCACCCGUUCCUGCAUCGUUACUACCAGAGACAGCUCUCCAGCACAUAUCGGGACCUCCGGAAGGGUGUGUAUGUGCCCUAUACCCAGGGCAAGUGGGAGGGGGAGCUGGGCACCGACCUGGUGAGCAUCCCCCAUGGCCCCAACGUCACCGUGCGCGCCAACAUCGCUGCCAUCACUGAAUCAGACAAGUUCUUCAUCAAUGGCUCCAACUGGGAGGGCAUCCUGGGGCUGGCCUAUGCAGAGAUUGCCAGGCCCGACGACUCCCUGGAGCCCUUCUUUGACUCUCUGGUAAAGCAGACCCACAUUCCCAACCUCUUCUCCCUGCAGCUCUGUGGUGCUGGCUUCCCUCUCAACCAGUCGGAGGUGCUGGCCUCUGUUGGAGGGAGCAUGAUCAUUGGGGGUAUCGACCACUCACUGUACACGGGCAGUCUCUGGUACACGCCCAUCCGGAGGGAGUGGUAUUAUGAGGUGAUCAUUGUACGGGUAGAGAUCAAUGGACAAGAUCUGAAAAUGGACUGCAAGGAGUACAACUAUGACAAGAGCAUCGUGGACAGUGGCACCACCAACCUUCGUUUGCCCAAGAAAGUGUUUGAAGCUGCGGUCAAAUCCAUCAAGGCAGCCUCCUCGACGGAGAAGUUCCCAGAUGGUUUCUGGCUAGGGGAGCAGCUGGUGUGCUGGCAAGCAGGCACCACCCCUUGGAAUAUUUUCCCCGUCAUCUCACUCUACCUAAUGGGUGAGGUCACCAAUCAGUCCUUCCGGAUCACUAUCCUCCCACAGCAAUACCUGCGGCCAGUGGAAGACGUGGCCACAUCGCAAGACGACUGUUAUAAGUUCGCCAUCUCCCAGUCAUCCACAGGCACUGUUAUGGGAGCUGUUAUCAUGGAGGGCUUCUAUGUUGUCUUUGAUCGGUCCCGAAAACGAAUUGGCUUUGCUGUCAGCGCUUGCCACGUGCACGACGAGUUCAGGACAGCAGCAGUAGAAGGCCCUUUUGUCACGCCAGACAUGGAAGACUGUGGCUACAACAUUCCACAGACAGAUGAAUCAACCCUCAUGACCAUAGCCUAUGUCAUGGCUGCCAUCUGCGCUCUCUUCAUGCUGCCCCUCUGCCUCAUGGUGUGUCAGUGGCGCUGUCUCCGCUGCCUGCGCCAUCAGCACGAUGACUUUGCUGACGACAUCUCCCUGCUGAAGUGAGGGGGUCCACGGGCAGAAGAUGGACAUUCCCCUGGACCACAUCUGGGUGGUUCACUUUGGUCACAAGUAGGAGACACUGAUGGCACCCGCAUCCACCCACCAAAUGCCUCUGCCUUGACAGAAAAGAAAGGUUGGCAAGGUGGGUUACGGGAAUUGCUCCCUCUGAGACAGGAGAGGGAAGAAAGACGUGCUCUGGUGGUAGGAAUACUCUUGAUCACCAUAAACUUGAGUUGGGAAAUUCUGCUGCUUAAAAUUUCAUCCCUGAAUCUUUGCCCAUGAUUCCUGUAGCGUCUCCAACCCAAAGUAUUCUUUUCUUAGUUCCAGGUACUGGCAUCACAUCCAGGUCACCCCAGCGUGUCUCUGUGGUAUCCUGGCAGAGAAAGGGCCAAUCCUGUCUCCCUGCUGGCCAAAGUCAGUAGGAGAGGGUGCACAGUUUGCUGUUUGCUUUAGAGUCUGUAUAAACAAGCCUAACAUUGGUGCAAAGGCUGCCUCUUGAAUUACACAGAACAUAAUUAGAUUGAAUAUUUGUACAAAUUGGGGAGGUCAGGAAGAGAAGGUGAGGGAUUACAAAGGCAGGGAAUAGUGGGGAUAGUUAGGAUCAAAGGCAGAAACGACCACUUGCCAGGUCCACUUUAGACCUCAUCUCCUAGAUAAAAGUCUUAGGAGUGUUGCAGCCCAGUGUUUUCUGUGGUUGCAGCCUGACCAAAAGUGAGAUAGGAAGAGGGCUGAUAUAGCCAAAGAGCACUUUUUAGCUCUUAAAUGAAAAGUGCCCACUAAGAAGUUCCAUAUAACAACUGAAUUUCUACCUUACUAAUUCCACUUGUCUUUACCUAAACCCUUUAUCCUACAUACAAUAGGUAGCACUGAAAUAUCCCAACCCUGUAAGCCCCAGGUGCCCUAUGGGAGAGCCAGUGGAAU